GCAAAAACUGAGUAGACAGGCAGGCAGGGAGCCAGGGGGAAAUCAAAAAUACACAUUUACAUUCCAUCCCCCAACCCCGAAUCAAAUCCAACCAAAACACAUAGAUACACCCGCCCAAUCAACAUCCGCCAUGGAGCAUUUGGACGAGCUAUGCCUGCUGCAGAUAUUCGAAUUCUUGCCACUACCCGAACAGGUGGCCAUGCUGCAGUGUCACGAACGGUUUCGACCUCUCCUAGGCUACAUUUGGCGGCGUAAAUUAACCCAGAUUGACCUCAACCUUUUACAAACUCAGCUAAACACAGACGAUUUCGAAUUCCUUCUGGCCCAAGCCAGCAAGCGGUUGCUUCAACUUAAACUAAGCUACUUGGAUAGGGAUAAAUUUAUUGUUCUGGUCCGACACAGAUAUCCCAAUCUCUGUUUGCUGCAAGUCGAUGUUUUGCCACCUUUCUUUGUGUGUCAUCGUCUUCGCCAUCAGCUUAGAAAACUAAUUCCGAAAUCAAAAAAGUUGUGGGGAGAGGAUGGAGGGUUGGCAAUGGAAAAUAAAUAAUGUUGUUUCUAUAUAAUUUUGUCCUCUCUUCUUUUGAUAUGCUUCAUAAUUGUCGUUUCAGUGAACUUUGAUCACUUUCAAAUACUAAGAGCCAUUGGGAAGGGAAGCUUUGGCAAGGUUUGCAUUGUACAGAAACGUGAUAGCGGCAUCCUGUAUGCCAUGAAAUAUGUGAGCCGAUCCGCUUGCGAGAUGCGUGGUGCCCUCGGCGGAGUUAUCAAGGAGGUUGAGCUGCUGUCCUCAUUGGAGCAUCCGUUUCUUGUCAAUUUAUGGUUCUCGUUUCAGGAUGAGGAAGAUUUAUUCAUGGUCUGCGACCUGUUGACUGGCGGUGAUUUAAGAUAUCAUUUACAGAACAGAGUGGAAUUCUCUGAGCAGAGUGUGGCCUUAUUAGUGUGCGAGCUGGGUAGUGCGCUGGAAUAUUUGCAAACACAGCGUGUCGUCCAUAGGGACAUCAAGCCAGAUAAUAUUCUAUUGGAUGAUGCCGGACACGCUCAUUUGACUGAUUUUAAUAUUGCAACGAGAUUGCAAAAGGAUGGCCUGGCAUGCAGCAUGUCUGGAACGAAGCCCUACAUGGCACCCGAGGUCUUUUUGUGUGCCCUGGACGAAGUGGCCGGCUACAGCUAUCCAGUGGAUUGGUGGUCCCUUGGCGUUGUGGCCUACGAGAUGAGGGGCAACAACCGCCCCUUUGUGGUGCACUCCAACACCCCGCUGGCUGAGAUAAAGAACAUACUGAAUACGCCCGUUCAUUAUCCCCGCUACUGGAGUAGCAAUUUCAUCGAUUUGCUCCAAAAGUUGCUCUGCACAUAUCCUGGGGCCAGGAUAAGCACACAACAGGAAUUACAUCAGACUCCAUUGUUGCGACACAUUGAUUUCCAGCAAGUGUUGGAGAAGAAAAUCAAACCAAUGUUCAAGCCCCCCGAGGAUCAUCUUAAUUGUGAUCCCUGUCUGGAGCUGGAGGAAAUGAUUGUGGAGACGCGUCCUCUGCACAAGAAGAAGAAACGAUUGGCCAAACAGAGAUCAGCGCAACGCGAUAGCGAUCACGAGACGCCACUGGUCAAGGAGUUUAUUGUGUACAAUCGCUACAAGGAGCUCAAGCGCAAGGCCAUGGAGCAAAAGGAGAACGACUGGCAGCGGGAACUGGAACUGGCCAUGGCCAAUUCAAUUGUCAACAGCCUGGCCCCCAUACAGGAGAAGCCCAGCACGUCCAUUGCCAUCCAGCCACCAGAUGGAGCGACAGCCACAAGCGUAGCCGCUGCAGCAGUUGGCGCCGCCUGCGCCAGGUCCGCGACUUACAAAGAGAGUGAUAACAUUGAAUUUAUAGACCGAACGCCAUCGCCUCAGGCCCAAAACCAGCCAGAAGGCACACCAUCAUCCUCCAGUUUUGGACAGGGCACACCGAGUAGAUUCUGCGGCGUGGCCGAUAAGGCAACAAGCACCUCCCUAAAGUAGUAAAUUUCGAAACGAAUUUGAAUUUUCGAUUGCAAAACUUAAUAAGACCAAAAUUCUAAUGCAACAGGUUUCACACAUAGAAACACACAUGCCUAGUUACAACCAACAAAAACCACCCACCCACCCACCACCAACACAUAUGUUUGUAGAUUCUUUAAGCCCCCAAGCACCAACAAAGAGAAGACAGUUCACAACUAUUUUUCGAGCCCGAUUACAAUCGUCAAUGAACACGCUGAAUGUCACCUUUGUAUACUGUACACAUAUGUACCAUAUGUAGGAGAAUGUUUGUAAUUUGUUUACUUUUAAGGUCUCUAUUACCGAUCCUAGGACAUAAGUUCCUUUGUAUAUAUAAUAUUGUUAGAUGUUAGCUAAAAAUCAAAAAUAAAACCAAAAACAUAUAAUUGUA